AUGCGAAGAUCAUCAUUUGUCCUUCUAAGUGUAUUCUUAUCAAUAGUUCAUGCAGCAAAUAUUCCGCUAAAAAUCCCAGAAGUGUCGAUCAAUAAAACGCAUAUGCCAAUUUCUGGUUGCAUUUUCUCAGUCCAUAAACAAGGCCCAGGAGGUGAAGCUGUCUCAGGAAUAAGCUUGAACUCUGAACUUUAUUAUCAAAUUAAAUGCAAACCUGAAGAAGGAUAUUGUUUACACGUUGGUAAUUGCACUGUAAGUGGUGAAGGAAAAGAGCCAUAUCGUAUCAUUGAUGAAAAUGGUUGUACAAAAGAACCUAGUUUAUUUGAGCAUGUACAAUAUGAAGACGAUUUUACGGCAGGCAUCUAUAAUCCGAUACCGAUCAGGUUUCGAGGAUCCAGUUCCGCAGUGCAAUUUUUCUGCGUUACAACAUAUUUACCAUCGGCAAAUGGGAAAUGUGAGCAUAAAUUAUGCACCUGGAAUGAAUACACCACUAAGAUUAAUUUAAAAGGUAUGUAA